AUAAAGUCUGUAGAAAGCUCUGGUUAACCGUGUACCCGUCACAUUUCAGAUUGUAUGACACACUAGAGGUGUGUAACUAUCAUACACAAACUUUGAUAGGGCGCUGAUUUCAAGCGAGACUAAAGACGUCGUUGAAUACAAAUAUUUAACUAACAGACGACAGCCAGGAUAGGCUGUAUGACAGCACCACAAUGGCGGGUAAAGAAAACAUUUCACAGUAUUUCACAGGUACACACGAAGUACAAGAAUGUCUUGAAACUGAAGGGGAGGCAAAUUGGGAUCGUUACAAGAAACACUGCAAGAAACCUCACAAUGAAUUUAUUCCUGUCAAACAGUUGACCAUUCAACAUUUCCCUCCGGGUUAUAGUGAGGACAUCUGUGACUUCACUAAAGCCCUGGCCGACCUGGUGGUCAGGGUAUCCGUGACGUUCGCCAGUUCUAAAAGACCAGAGUUUUUUCCGGGCGGUGAAAUGAAAUAUCCUUGCUACAGCACAAGAGGACAGAAAACACAAUUCAAUGGCACUGGGAGGGUGAGGUUUGUCACCAAGUACACAAAGGGAAAGGACGACUACAUGCCAUGCCCAUGUCCUGAAUGUGAUUACCCGGCCACACGGAGACACGUGUGGUGGGAGGUUGUUGUACAGACAGCCAGACAUGUGGUUUUUGAUGAGAGUGAAAUAGAAAACUCUAGCUGUAGAUUAUGGUAUGAUGAAGAUAAAACUCGAGUUGUCAAGAUGUAUGGGUUUAAGUUAAGUGGGCCAAAUACUGAACAUGAUUUGUGUUAUUUUGCCUGUGCAACUCAUGAUCCUAUGAUAGGCGACAAACUAAAACAAAUGAUUAACCGUUUUGAUGAGCUAUGGGGGCAAAUAAGUGGAAAAUACAGGAGUCGUAGAGAUGUGGACAAGCUGACCAUUAUAGUGUCACAUCCUCAUGGCCUUUCUAAGCAGGUCUCUGUAGGUCGCUGGGUACACAAACAGGAGGUGGGUGCAGGUACCAUGUACACGUACACAACCUGUACGUGUCCGGGUAGCAGUGGGGCUAUCGUCUACAUACUUGGCAGUAGAUUGUCCACAGCACAUACCCACAGUGGUACGAACGAAAAGGGAUUAAAUUUUAGUGGAGUAUACUUGGACUUUUAGUUAUACUUUAUCCAAUUGUAUACUUUUAUUUCAGAGGCGUCGCGAGGCGAGUGUGUGUGUGGGGGGGUGCAUAUCGCACCCGGGGAUACCAUUCAGAGGGGUGAAAAAUAAUUGCAAGAUAAAUAAAUGUUUUUUGCCAGUUCAACGAAUGGUUGAUUAGAGCUAAAUAAUUGCAAGAUAAAUAAAUGUUUUUUGCCAGUUCAACGAAUGGUUGAUUAGAGCUAAAUAAUUGCAAGAUAAAUAAAUGUUUUUGCCAGUUCAACGAAUGGUUGAUUAGAGCUAAAUAAUUGCAAGAUAAA